AUGGCGUGUGUGAUUGACCACUGGCCAUGUACUUUAGAGGAAUGGGGAACUAAUAAAACUAUUUUCCCUUUUUUUUUCAAUAGCUUUUACCUCUUGGCCGUGACCUCCCAGGCUGUAGGGGGCACCACAGAGACGCUAUGUAUCACGGUGAACCCCUAUAAAGAAGUCUCACUGGAAGUGAACCUGGAGCUUAAUGACAACAGAGUCGUACUUCUGAUGGAAAAAUCUAUUAAAAAAGAAUACUACCGCUGUAUCCCGUUCCAGGUUCCUGUCGUAAGCGUGGAAUCAGUAGCGUCUAUUGGCAUUCAGAUAAAUGGAGGAAGCACAUUCCUGAACAAGACAACAAAGAUCCUCAUCAAACCUCCGACUUCUCUGAUUAUCAUUCAGACGGAUAAACCCAUCUACAAACCAGGACAAACUGUGAUGUUCCGCAUCGUCUCUCUGGAUUCCAAUUUCCUCACCUACAAUCAGACGUUUCCGACAAUAGAAGUGCAGGACCCAAAUUCGAACCGCAUUGGUCAGUGGCUGAACGUCUCCACACACAGCGGUCUCGUGGAUCUGUCAUAUCCCAUAAACUCCGAGGCCACAAAAGGAUUUUAUGUCAUCACUGUCUGGAAGCAGAAAAAUGAAGCCAUCACACAAUCCUUUGAAGUCAAGGACUACGUUCUGCCCACGUUUGAAGUGACGGUCCAACUUCCUCCAGUCAUAACCAUCCUGGACACACAGGCUACGCUGAAAGUGUGUGCUAAAUAUACAUACGGGAAGCCGGUGAAUGGGACGGUGAAGGCCAAAGUCUGCCAUAACAGCUACAGAUACUUCUGGUUCCCACCAGGAACUACAAUGCCACCAGACAUCUGCAAGGACUAUAUAUUCAAGACUGACAGGACAGGCUGUGGAGAAAUUGUCUUAAAUCUGAAUGAAUAUGCUUUAACUGAUUCACGCUAUGAAAGUGUAAUCAACGUUCAGUGUGAUGUGGAAGAAUAUGGCACAGGUAAGAGAUUCCUAAAUCAAGCCUCUUGUAGUGUGACUCUGCCUGGUUCAGGCAGCUCUUUUAUAACAUCUAAUAUCGUGACCAUUUCAUUUGAGAAUUCACCAACAGUGUUUAAGCUCGGAAUGACGUAUGAAGGAGAGGUUAAAGUGACCGGCCCAAACGCCAGUCCAAUGAUAAAUAAAGUAGUGCUUCUGACUUGUUUUAUUUUUCUGCUUUUCUCUAAUUAUUCUUUUAAACAGGCAGAGUAUGAAAUGACUAACAGACCAGAUGUAUACGUGGAAAAUCAGCUCUCACCACAGUACCCCACAGCCUACCUCAAUCUUCAGCCUUUCUACUCCAAGAGCCUGAGUUAUAUUAAAUUGAGAAGCAGCUUGAGGCCUUUUAGCUGCAAUAAAAAUGCUGUGAUUGAAGCAGAGUACAUGAUACAUGAUAAUGCAUACACACUACGCCAGAAGACCUUAUCCUUUUUCUACAUGGUGAUGUCUAGAGGACAUUUGGUUCAAAAAGGAAGUCUUGCUGAGCCCAUAGACUCAAAAAGAGUGGAGAUUAGAGGCACACUGUCUCUGUCACUGAGAAACAUGCUACAGUUGUCCCCGGUUGCUCAGGUGGUCCUGUACACAAUCCUUUCCAGUGGUGAGGCUGUGGCAGACAGCAUGAACUUCCCAAUUCAGCUGUGUUUGGCUAACAAGGUGUCUCUGAAUUUCUCACAAUCAUCGGAGCUUCCUGGUGGUCAGGUGUCAUUGAUCCUGAAAGCCACCCCAGGAUCACUGUGUUCAGUGAGGGCUAUCGAUCAGAGUCUAUUACUGCUUCAACCAGAGAACGAGCUCAACACCGAAUCUGUGUUCAACAUGCUGCCUGUCCAGACGUUAUCAGGAUAUCCAUACAACAUCUAUGACGAGGAUUCAUACCAAUGCUUGGGGGGAACACCCAUCAUGAACAUAAUGGCAGAACCACAGUCAAGAUUGAUUGGUUAUUUUCCAACCUAUGGGAAAAUCGAUGUGCACAACACCUUUAAAGAUGUUGGAAUCAAGAUCCUCACCAAUGCCAUAGUCAAGAAACCUUCUGAGUGUUUGCCGUUUAUGAGGAAUGAGGUAGCCAUGGCUGCGCCAGCCCUCUUUGCCAGAGAUGUUUCAGCUGACUCGAGUUCAUCAACUGGAUCAGUUGCCCCAGUCGUUACGAUCCGCAAAUAUUUUCCAGAGACGUGGAUUUGGGAUCUCGUUUUAGUCAGUCAGACUGGAGCAAUGGCUGUUAAUAAAACGGUUCCAGAUUCCAUCACUACAUGGCAGGCUGGUGCAUUUUGUACAUCAUCUGUUGGGUUCGGAGUCGCACCAAAAACCCAGCUCACUGCCUUCCAGCCUUUCUUUGUGAGCCUCACCAUGCCGAGCUCCGUCAUCCGAGGAGAAGUGUUCACGCUCAAAGCCACCGUCUUCAACUACCUCCAAAGCUGCAUGAUGGUGAACGUGAUUUUGGCUGGCUCAAAGCAAUUCUCAGCACAAGUGUGUAAAAACUGCAGUUACACAAGCUGCCUGUGUGCUGACGAGAGCCAGACCUUCUCCUGGACCAUCACACCACUGGUUCUGGGGGAGGUAAGCAUCAAUGUGACGGCGGAGGCUGUGAGAUCAUCGACUCUGUGUGGAGCAAGUGCGGUUACUGUACCACAGAAAGGACGCAUCGACAUGGUCAUUAAAACACUGCAAGUGAAGGCUGAGGGAACCAAACAAUAUAAAAGCUACAAUGAACUUCUCUGUCCAGAUGGUAUUGUUCAGAAGAAUGUCUCACUGAUUCUGCCUGUGGUGUUCGUGGAAGGUUCAGCCAUGGCCUCAGUCUCUGUCCUGGGAGAUCUGAUGGGCCGAGCUCUACAGAACCUGGCGAGUCUCCUGGCGAUGCCGUACGGCUGUGGAGAGCAAAACAUGCUGGUCUUCGCCCCCAACAUCUUCAUCCUGCAGUACCUGGAGAGCACCAACCAGCUCACGCCCCAGAUCAGGAGCACGGCCAUGACCUACCUCGUGAGCGGAUAUCAGAGUGAACUGACUUACAAACACACUGAUGGAUCUUACAGUGCUUUUGGGAUGAGUGAUCCAUCAGGCAACACAUGGUUGACGGCGUUCGUGAUGAAGUCUUUCGGAAGUGCCAAGAGAUACAUCUUUGUAGAUCAGGUGUUUGUAGAUCAGGCAAAGGCCUGGCUCGGUCAGCGGCAGCAGGCUAACGGAUGCUUUGCCUCAGUGGGACAACUCUUCCACACUGACAUGAAGGGAGGGGUGAAUGAUGAGGUGACCCUCUCUGCGUACAUCACAGCUGCAAUGCUGGAACUCAAUUAUACAUUUACAGAUUCUGUGGUGCACAAGGGUCUCGAGUGCCUGAGGAAUGCGUACACUCAGGUGAACUCCACCUACGCCAAGGCUCUCCUUUUCUACACCUUCACUCUAGCUGGAGAUCAGGCGAUGAGGAACACGUUCAUCUCAGACCUGGAUGCAAAGGCCAUAGUCUCAGGGGGCGGGAGGCACUGGAGCAGAGUGGAUAGUGGGUCAGUGACGGACUCUUUGGAGGUGGAGAUCACCUCAUAUGUGCUUCUGGCUCUGAUGUCUGGACCCCAGCUCUCCGGGUUUGAUCUGGGUUACAGUACCAGCAUCGUCCGUUGGCUUUCUCAGCAGCAGAACGCCUUCGGGGGCUUCGCGUCUACACAGGACACUGUCGUGGCUCUCCAGGCUUUGGCGAAAUACAGUGUCGCCACCUACAGUCCAGCAGGAGCUGUUACUGUUACAAUAACAUCACCAUCAGGGCUGAUUAACACGUUUACCAUCAAUCAGAGUAACAGGUUGCUGUAUCAGGAGAGAAAGCUGCAGGAGGUUCCUGGAGAUUACAACGUCACAGCACAAGGGACAGGCUGUGUGUACGUGCAGUUAACUUUGAGUUACAACGUCCCUCCUCCUCCUGACCACACUUCAUUUGCUGUCUCUGCCUCAGCAUCUGGAAACUGCAGCGUCCCAAAUUCAUCUCUGGAAGUGAAAAUUACUGUCAAGUAUAAUGGUCAACGAUUGGUGACCAACAUGGUGAUCAUUAACGUCAAGCUUCUGUCUGGAUUCACUGCGGACGAAACAUCUGUGACACUUGUGAACAGCACUUCAAAUUCGACUGAUGGAUCUGUGAAACGUGUGGAUCAAGCUGACGGUGAAGUCAUUAUCUACCUGAAUGGACUGACAAAUGGAGUGGAGAAGGUGUACACCCUGAGGAUCGUGCAGGACAUUGCAGUGGCGAAUCUGAAACCAGCCAUCGUGAAGGUUUACGACUACUACGAGACCGGUGACUCUGCUGUAACUGACUACACCUCACCAUGCACUUAA